AUGGUAGCUGCCUCUGGGCGGGGGCGCGGUAGAGGUGGAGGGAAUGCUGGUGCUCCACGAGGAGGACCACAUGAAAGACGUGGGUCUUGGAGAGGUGGACCUCCCUCUCUGGGAGGUAUGCCAAGAGGAGCCUCGCCCGUCGUCCCUGGCUCUGGACAGAGCCCGAUGCCAACCAUUACAGACCACAUGAAUGAUCUUCGCCGAAUUCCUGGAAACCCUUCACCCGUUCCAGGAAAAGGCUUCAUGACAGAUAGUGAUAUAUCAAACGCCAAUUUUUCAAGUUCAAACUCACAACGUGAACUUCAGCCCUGGUACGCCGACGAUCCACUUGCACCGCCAAACGGUCCGAGACACUCGGGUCCACAGGGUCAUGGUCAUUCCAAUGGUUCAACUGGACGAGAUGCCGAGACUUUCGGACAAGCCAAUGUGCCUUGGGAUCAAUUUGAGACCAACGCCAGGUUGUUCGGUACCAAGACCAGUUACCAAGAAGAAAUUUAUACCACCAAGCUGAACCGAGCUGCUCCUGAUUUCCGGAAACGUGAGAAAGAGGCGGAGCGUUUGGCGAAUGAAAUCUUGAACCAAUCCACAAUCAAUCCCCAUCUCGCUGAGGAGCGGAACCAAGAGAUCGAGGAUUGGGCGAAGGAUGAUGAAGAAAAGUAUUCUGGGGUCAUCCGACCUGUCAAAGACAAAGAAGCCGUGAUCAUGCCAGCUCGGAGUGCGAACGCUUAUGUUCCUCCUGGGGCUCGUAAAUCCGGUGCUGGCGGUCUACCUCAAAUCGCUCCGAGGGCGUCUUUGUCAUCCACUCCCACCAAUGGUACGGCGUCUGCAGUCAAUGGGGGAGUCAACGGCACGUCAACGCCGGAUCCUGCCCCUGUCACUCCUUCUGCCCCAACUCCAGCGGUGACGUCUCCUCCUCCUGUGGCUCCCUCCCCGGCCCUUGCUCCUCCGGCCAGACAUGCGCCAACUGGGCCCGCGAGAAGGACCAGCGACGUUGCCGCACCUAAGCCCGUCGUUGCUAGCGCCACUCUUGCCCCUUCUGCUCCCACUGUCAACGAGACGAAACCUGCUUCGACUGGCCCUGAAGCCACGCCGGGUUCGACGGUCCCUGCGGUGACUCAACUGCCAACUGUUCCACAGGCUCUACCGGCCAAGGAGACUCGACCAGGUGUGGUGGAUAGUUUCCGCCAAUUUGUAGGUACCGAGAGGGAGCGCGCAGAAGCGAGAAAACAAUCCAUCAACAAGUCUGAACGCGAACGUCAACUAGCAGAUCUGAAAAGCUUCCAAGCCACCUUCCAGGUUCCCCUCCCGAUGCCAAAAGAUAUUCUCCCUAUACUGGCCAAAGAUGAGGAGAAGCAAAAAGCCAUCGAAGCUCAAGCCGCAAAGUCUUUGGCGAACGCUAAAGCUGUCGCGGAGGCAAGACGAACUUCCAAAGAUAUGAGUAAGGAGGUCAAAGCUGGUCUUCCGAAGAAGAUUAUAAUGCGCAUACCAGAAAUUCCGCCUUUCAACCCCGUUAACCGAAAACCUCCUUCCGUGCCCGUUACAGAGUCUGCGAGAAAAGAUGUCCCUCAAGUCACUUCACCUGCCCCUACAGACGUAUCUCAAACCAGUGCGGCGGUCGCAAAGCUCAACGUGCGAGCGAGCGCCUUCAUCCCCAACCCCCAUGCUUCGACAUUCAAACCUGGUCAAUCGUCCACUUCACCUCAGGUCAAAAAUGUUCAACCAUCCCCCACCGCAUCCGACCGUCCUCUAGCCAAACAGAACCCUUUCUUCCGUGACACCCCACCUCGUCGGAUACAGCACAUCGACCCACGAGCAGACUUCAAUCCAUGGCGUCACGGUCAAGUACCUCUGGCCAACACGGUCGAGCCGCAGUGGCCCUACACCGGACGUAGAGCUCAUGCACCGUUCUCCGGUGGUCCCAUGAGUCCGGGUGUUUCAGGACCUUUUGACGAAGGUGGACCGAGUGGACCGCACAUGGGACAACAGGGACCUCCGAUGAUGCAGGGUAUGCCUCCGAACUUUCCUCCGUAUUACCGGUAUGGACCUAAUCAGGGCAUGCCACCGGGAAUGCAAAUGCAGAUGAACAAUGGUCAGAUGUUCUCCCCUCCACCUCAUUUCCAACAACUCCCAGGACAUCCUGGUCACCCGGGUCCACCUAUGCAACAGCCAAUGGGCGGGCCUCCUCCACCCAACGGCAGACUCCUCCCUGCGUUGUCAUAUGUGGCAUCCAUCCUGGAAUUGUAUCCGCCCAGCACGCAGGCACGAAGUUCACAGCGUGCUUUUGGAACUCGUGUUGACCUCGCAGUGCCAAUGUACUUCCAAAAUGGUAUGCCUCAGCAUCCACAAUUCAUACCUCCACAACACAUGCAGUAUCACCCCCAUACCCCUCAACGAAACGGUCCGAUGAUGAACGGUCAACCUCCUCCACAUGGAGGUCAAAUGUUUUUCCCCACUCCGCCCACCCAUAACCUGCCUCAGAUGCCUGUGAUCGGGUCUCCUCUUCAAACGCCUCACACUGCUAUCCAACAUCAACUACCUUUCCCCGGUCAACCACCCAACCUACCUGGUCAACCCUUCGUCCCUUUACAACCCCAACCACCACCACUCGGACAGACACAGUCAUAUGAGAGCACGGCGAGUACGCAUUAG